AUGUCAGCUCAGACCAAGCCAUGGAAAUGCUCUUUGCAGCCGUCAGCUCACUUGGAAGGACCAAACAUCCCAACCACUGCAUUCUCAUUGCAGACCGAGACGAGUCAAUCUUUGGGUCUCCAGAGUGCGCAGUUUGACGUCAGUUGUUUGCAGGGAGUGGGAAAAUCAGAUGGUAUCAGUCUCUUGAUUCAUGGAUAUGCCCGUUGGAUUAUGUCCGUGAGUGAUCAAAGUCACAUCUCGUUUUGGAUCAUGGCGGAGGAUGCAGAUUCAACCGCGAGAUACGCAAUCGUGAUAGCGCAGCGCACAGCUGAACCUCAAGCUCUCACGUGGGAGGCGUACGAGGCUGCUCUUGAAGGAACGGAUAACGUGGAAUUCGGAAUGCGCCUUGUAGAGGCAGCAGACAUGGCGGUGGAUUUGCCAAAUUCCAUUCGAGUACUAUUGUGCAUUGAUUUGCACUCGUUGCGUGGCAAUCUCACCUAUCGAGGGAAAUUGGAGGAGGGAAUGACUAUAUCAAGUUUUGAUCGGCUGGAAUUCUAUAUGCAACAAACGAAAGACAAGGAUUCCAGUGCCACCUUUUGGAGAAAGGAGCUGGCGGAGUUUGUGGGCUGUCCUGAAAGAAAUUUUCCCACGAUAUCCUGUGACCGUUUGGUCGCCUUAACCGGUAGCACUCCAGUGCUGACGCAAACACUCGCACUGGGUGUGUCGUGGAAAAGGUUGGAGAGCCUGGCACAAGAAUCUCAUCUGACCUCACCCGUCUCAAUGAUUCGUGCGGCAUUUGCAUGUAUCCUAUCCGAAUAUAUCGAGUCAGACAGGGUGAUCCUAGGGGAUUGGCCAUUGUCAAAUCCUAGAGAUAGCGACUCUAUAACCCCACUCCCAAUUUUGAUUUCCGCCGAUGAUGCUGUGAUAGACUUGCUAUCUCGAAUUGAUGGAUUCGCCGCAAGAGGAGCCACGCUCCCAACCCUGCCUUUUGAAGAGCUUCGUGAGAUUCUGCGUAUUUCGUCAAACAGUACACCAUACAAUGCGCUCUUUACGCAUCAAUCUGAUGCUUCAACUUGUCAGAACUUGGACGUGGAAUCAUACGAGACACGUAUGGCAUCCUUCAGCGCUCCGAUGCAGCUCAACUUCCAACGUUCAGAACAGGGCGUGCCCAUCUGUACCCUAUAUGUCAAAGCUGAUUUGAUGGAUACACCCCAUUUGGAGCUGGUGCUAAGACAGAUCAAUGCUCUCAUUGUUGUCAUGUCUUCCCAACAAGCCCAAUUAGUUCGGGAUCUUACACAAUCCUUUCCCAAUGACCUGCUUUCGGUCCACUCACCGUUGGCUAGUAGCCAACUCCAACAAGCCCCCCUCAUAUCCCCUGCACAUUGGGUCGACCAUUGGGCAUCCAGUAAUCCCACGUGGAGUGCCCUCGAGAUAAUAGAGAAUAUCAGUGAGAACGAGACUCUUUCUCAAACAUGGACGUACGAUGAACUGUCCCAAACCUCCAAUCAGCUAUGUGCAUGGCUUAAAGCUCAUGGAUGGCGCAAUCGGUCCAUUGCAGUCUGCCUCAGUCGCUCUUUCAUGGCCUAUGCACUUGUUCUGGCAAUUUGGAAAAGUGGAAAUUGCUAUGUGCCUGUGGCAGAAGAUCUCCCGGCGGCGCGCCAGAUCUUCCUUCUCACAGACAGUGGUGCUAUGGCAUUUUUCACGGACAAGAGCAUCACUAAGACAAUUGUCCCUCCUGAGAAUUGUCUAGUGAUUGAUAUUGAAGACCCCGAGCUUCUUGAACAUACCUGGGUAAUUGAACCAGCCACUGAAUUCAAUCCUAAACCAACUGAUGACUGUUAUCUUCUUUACACCUCUGGGUCAACAGGGACGCCCAAAGGCGUGCUUGUCAGUCGGGGAAAUCUCUCUGCCUUUACUGAAGCGCAGUCAGAAUAUAUCUGUCGGGAUGUACCAGAUACCCUAAAGUUGAAAGGCACAGGAAGUUAUCUUGCGCAUGCCAGUCGGGCCUUCGAUGUACACAUCUGUGAGAUGGUGCUAGGCUGGCGACAUGGCCUUCGUCUGGUAACAGGUCCUCGGACCAUGCUUUUAGACAACUUAUUUCUAGUUCUGAGUCGACUGAGGAUCAGUCAUGCCGGAUUUGUUCCUUCACUCCUUGAGCAUGCUGGUCUUAGCGCUGAGCAGCUCCCGGAUCUGCGAUAUCUCGGCGUCGGAGGGGAGAAGAUCUCAGAGACAAUCAUUGAGCGCUUCGUUGGCAAACCAUCUAUUGCACUCGUGAACGCAUACGGUCCGACUGAGGUGACAAUUGGGAUGACAAGCCACACGGUAACGCCUCGGUCUACUGUGCGCAAUAUUGGUACGGCUGUAGGUAAUAUAACAAUUCACGUUUUGGAGCCUGACACGACGAGAUAUGUCAAGCGAGGCCAGGCAGGAGAGCUCUGCGUGACGGGUGAUUUAGUCGCUAAUGGGUACCAUCACAGACCCGACGCAGGCGGCUUCACUGAUUUGAAUGGGCAACAAAUGUACCGCACUGGAGAUAUUGUGCGCUUGAUGGCCAACAACUGCAUUGAGUACCUGGGCCGGCAAGAUAGCCAGGCUAAAAUACGUGGUCAGCGUCUUGAGCUCGAAGAGGUUUCAGUGGUGGUCCGUCGGUGUACAGAUUUUCCAGUCAAUGUCACCUCAAUAGUGGCGCCCUCUCCAAUUACGAAACGCCCUCAGUUAAUCUCCUUCAUCAGUUCUUCCAGUAACCGACCAAAAGAUACUGCAACACAACCCACUUUUCUAAAGGACAGAUACCAGAAAUGGGUGCCAAAUAUUUUGGCGCGCUGCCGCGUUGAACUACCUGCGUAUAUGGUGCCCAGUGUCUUGCUCACUGUUAGUUCAAUUCCAAUUCAAAUCUCAGGGAAAGCAGACAACCGUCGUCUAGUGGCACUAUAUGAAAGUAUCCCUGUGUCAGAUCUGCUUCUGGGGUCCGGAGAGACAGCCACUCAGCUUGCUCGGGCGAUCAUGGAGGCAGAUACCACAGCUUUGACAACAGACGAGGAGCAGGUUCGUGAUAUCCUCUGCUCUCAGCUGCAAGUGGGACCAAAGAGUAUCACCAGAGCCUCGAACAUAUUUCAGCUUGGGAUCGAUAGCCUCGCUUCUCUCGGUGUGGCUGCCAAGAUGCGCAAGGCGGGCUAUGUUUGUGCGGCGGGCGAUGUUCUUUCCAAUCCUACAAUUGUACGGCUUGCACGUUUGCCGAGAACCUACGGAGCCCCAGGCCAAGGAUCUAGAGAAUUAUUCUCGGACCAAUCAGAUGAAGCUUCACGGAAAAUGAAGGAACUUGACCAAGUCUUCCGAAUAUCCCAGAAACAAUUCGCAGGCGCCUGUAUUUCUGUGGUUCGGUCAUGUCUUCCUCUUCAGGAGAGUAUUGUCUCCAAUUCCGUGGGCAGCCCAGUCCCCUUGUAUGUCAAUCACAUCAUGUGCCGUUUGGGGUCGGGUAUCACGCUUCCUGCGCUGAGAAUGGCUUUUGAAGACUUGAUACAUGAGAAUGAGAUUCUGCGCACCUGCUUCCAUGUCGCAGAUGACAGGAUAGUACAGGUUGUUUUGAAACCUCGUGCUGUUAGCACCCCAUGGACCGAGAUCCCUGUAUCGGACGAAAGCACCGCUCGGAGUCUGUUUAACAGUGUUCAAACUGGGAUCGCAUCAAGCAUCGUCCGCCAAAUUGAGACCAAGCCCCCACUACAUCUUCUUGCGGCCAGCGCAGCAAACAACGAGGGAUCGGGGUGGUUAAUGCUGUCCAUCCAUCAUUCCAUCUUUGAUGGUGCCAGUAUGGAUAUCUUCCUCAGCCGGCUUCACCAGCACUACACUGGGGAGACAGCCAUGACCCCAGUUGAUCUCACCCCACUUUAUCAUUAUUUUGCUACCAAUGACGCAAAGCAAGCCGAGCAAUUUUGGACUCACUAUCUAUCUGGUUGCCUACCAGGUAUCAUUCCCAGUCAUGGAGAAAAUGAUGGUUCAUAUGAAAUUGUCCAGAAGAAGUUAGCUUUCCCAUUAUCCAAAAUCUCCCAAUACGCCUCCCAAAAUUCCACUACCGCGUCCAUGGUUUUGGAAACAGUUUGGGCAAUCACAUUGGCAAGGCACCUGAACCAAAGGGACAUCAUCUAUGGGCGAGUAAUGAAUGGCAGAGGGAUUCCAGUAGGGUCAGUGGAAUCAAUGCUGAUCCCCCUCGUCACAACGGUCCCUGGUCGGUUUAAGAUUCCUUCUGGUCAAUCGAGAGUGCUUGACCAGAUAAAGAUGCACACUGAGGCCAUUAUUGGAUCCCUACCAUACCAACAUACACCACUUCGCGAUAUUCAGCGAUACGCUAAUGCGUCCGGUCCACUUUUCAACUCGAUGUUUUCAUAUCUUGCAUCUGGUCCUCGGUCACCAGCUUACAAUAUGUUGUUGGAAAUGGACAGUUCCAUGUCAGUGGACUACCCUCUUGCUCUGGAGAUUAAAGCGGAGUCAGAUCACGACGCAGUCACUUUGCGCUUGAGGAUUUCCAGUGACGAUUCUUCCACCGAGCAAGGCCAUGCGUUGGUCGACGCAAUCUCCACUCUUGUUGAAGACUUGCUCUCUGAUGGGGAUGCCAUCAUUGAUGCUGGAACGAUCUCUCAACAACAGAGAAAAGAGCAGGUCAGAUGGGACGAAACGCAAUGGACCGAAAGUGAAACCGUUAUUCGCCGAGCUGUGGCUGAGACUACCGGUAUUCCUGAGUUACAGGUAUCGAAGAAUGUGUCAUUCUUCGCUUUGGGAAUUGACUCUGUCAUUUCCAUUCAUCUGGCUCGGCGCUUACAGGAGAAUGGACUUAAAGUGUCUUCCAGUGAUAUUCUGAGAUACCCAUCUAUCGGCACUCUCCACAAGUCCUUGGAUGACACAAACGUCGUCUCCAGUAUACCGCUCAUUGAGAAGACUACCGUUGAUCAAGACUUGUGUGUUGAUCUGUUCGAUACAGACGACUCAAUUAUUGAAACCUAUCACUGCACACCCUUACAAACAGCAAUGAUUGGCCAAUGUUUGAGCUCCGAGGGCAAAGGAUAUGUCCACCACCAUUCAGUUGAGCUUGCAAGCACAAUCAACAUCGAUAAAUUGAUCAAUGCCUGGAAAAAUGUAGUCCAACAGGUCGAUAUCCUUCGUACCUCAUUUCACCGGCCCCAGGCAAGCCGUGAAUUCCAUGCUGCAGUCCAUCAAUCUGCUGUCAUACAGUGGUCACAUUAUGAACAUGUUGUAUCACUUCCUGAGGCUGUUGAGCAAAUAUCCCAGCGAGCUGCCUACCCGAACAUCAAAAGUUUUAACAGACCCCCAUGGCAGAUCAUUUUUCUCACUGGACCUUCCCAGCGACUUAUGGUUGUAACUAUGCAUCACUGUCUUUACGACGGGUUUUCUCUUGCCAUGCUCUUUACUUGUGUGGAGCAACAUUACCAUGGUCAUCAAAGCCGUGUUGACUCGUUCGCACCAGUAGCACGUCAGAUCACAUCGACGCAAGAAUCAUCUGUCCAGUUUUGGGCUGAUGUAGUAGCAGGAUACCAAUACCCACAACUACAGUCUCCUCCAGCCUCUACCCCAACGACCAGUGUCCAGUGGGCAGAGACCAAGCUUGAGAGCUCAGUAGCCACAUUGCAACGUCAAUGCGGCUCACUUGAUGUUACCUUACAGACCGUGGCGCUGCUUGCUUUUGGGAGGUCAUUGGCAUUACUUCUUGGUCAGCGAGACGUUGUUUUUGGUCACGUAGUAUCAGGACGAGGAUUUGAUGUUGAUCCUACGGCUUCAGUUAUUGGCCCGCUGUUCAAUACCGUACCCUUCCGCUUGAAACUUGGUUCUGCUUCGCAGAGCAUCCGAACGGCCUUGAGAGAUAUCCAAAUGUUUUGCAUCGACUCCCAACCUCACCACCAUGCCCCGUUAAGCCUCAUUCAAAAGAGAUGGCGGCUGACAACUAACGGAGACAACUCAUCAUUAUUCGAUGCCAUUUUUACUUUCAACAAAUCAAAAGAUUCAAAGAAAGACCCAUUUUUCCAACCCUACUUAUUUACUCGCAAGCCGGAUGUUCCCCACCACCGCCUGAAUGUGGAAUUCGACCAUACUAACGAAUGUCUUGUGAUCCGGGUAACCAGUCGCGAUUUCCUGAAUAACCACGAGCUGCGCAUUUGGAUACAGAAUCUUGCUAGGGAUAUUGAGAAUUCCAUUUUAUCUGAAAAUGAGCAAGUUCUCAAUAUCCCUUCUGGGCUCGGUGAUUUGCCCUUGGUCGCCACGGGUCCGCAUCAAGAUGCUGAGCAGCCUGUAGACACACUUGUCCUGGGCCAAAACGUGCAAAUACUUAGGAAAGUCCUUUCAAAUAUUACCCAAAUAUCGAUGAACACAAUUCAGGAGGGGAACAGUGUCUUCGCUCUUGGAGUCGACUCCAUCUUGGCGCUAGAUGUUAGUGCUCGUUGUCGCGAGGCUGGACUGAUGGUCUCAGUGGCCGAUAUUCUUCAAGGGCGGACAAUUCGGGGAAUCGCGAUGCUCGUUGCCAAUAAGCCCACUCAAACUCUUGGGUCAGCAAAAGUGGUGAAAUCCAAUAUUUCCAUUGUCGACUCGGAUCCAAAAAUCAAAGCAUUGGAUGUACUGGGUCUAUCUGAAGAUAGCGUGGAAGCAGUCAUGUCUUGCCUUAGCGGCCAAUUAUUCUACAUAUCUGCGUGGCUCCAAAGCAAACGACAACUGUGGGAAUUCACGUUUUCGUUUAACAGUCGCAUUAAGCUUGACCCGGAACAAAUUCAAGACGCCUGGCUACAGCUACAGAGGAGACACGCAAUCCUUCGCACGUCAUUCGCAGCCGUGUCUUCAAAUGAAGUCUUACAGGUUGUGCAAAAAGCGAGCAAAGCCAAUGGAGAAGUUCAAAUGUACAAUGAGCAAUCCACUGGAGACCUGAAUGCGUUGGUUCAAGACUUGGUUCAUCGCAUUGCUCGUAGCCCUUCGGAUCUCUUCACACCUCCUGCUCGGCUACAUAUAAUCCAGCACCCCAACUCGGAUGUUCUUGUACUUACCUUGCAUCAUGCUUUGUAUGACGCUUGGGCGAUUACAAUCCUUGUCAAAGAGCUAGAAGCGUUGUACCAGGGAGAGAACCUAGCACCUCCAUGUGAGUUUCCUUCGUUCGUAACCAGCACUCUUCAAGCAGCGAACUCCGAAUCCACACAAAGCUACUGGGAAGGUGUACUCCGAAUGGGUCAACGGACUAUCCUCGGACCAGGUAUUGCUAGUCAUGAGGGUGCUCUCCACGUUCGAUCCUCUGAGCGCAUCUUCUCUCGCAAGCUCAACGAAAUACAAGUUCAAUGCCGGAGACUCGAAGUUUCCGUGCCGUCUUUGAUUCUGCUGGCAGUGGGUCGCAGUCUUGCGCGUACCGCUGAUAUUUCUCAUCCAACAUUUGGCCUUUUCCAAUCUGGGCGCUCAAGCGAGUAUCCCCGAAUCCAAGAUAUGGCAGGUCCUACCGUUAACUUGCUACCACUGGUAAUCCCAGAUGCUGCGACAUCCCCAACUCCACAGGCUUUGGUCGCCAUGCAGCAUGACUUGGUUCAGCGGAAUCUCCAUGAUCAGGCCGAUCUUCGGACUCUCUGUGAUAAAAUGAAAGCAUUGGGGAAUGAGCUGCAAUUUAACGUCAUCGUCAACAUUGUUUGGGGUCAACUCAAUGGUUCUGCUGCUGAACAAGACAACGAUUCUAUUUUCGUCCCCUUACCCGUCGACUCUCCAAUUGAUUCUAAGUUUGAAGAACCACCGGUCGGGAAGACCUCUGUUGAUCAAUUUGACUGGAAAGGUCUGCCCGGCAUUGGUGCUAUCUAUUUAGAGGUGAGCUCUAGCGAGCGAGACGAUGCGCUGUUGUGGAAAGUUGAGUAUACACCGGAUUUGAUCUCAGAUGAUCAGGCUGAGCUAUUUUUGGAUACUCUGGAAAAGGAGAUGAAAAAGAUUGGAGAGGCUUGA